AAAUGGCUUCAAACACAGAUGCAGAUACCCAGGUGGCUAUAGAAGAUCUACCCAUUACAUUCAAGGUGAAAUAUAUUGGCUCUGAAAUUGCCCGAGGCCUGUGGGGCAUCAAAUACACUCGUCGUCCCGUUGACCUAAUGGUUGGUAUGGCCAAAAAUCUCCCGCCCAACAAAACUUUGCCCCAUUGCGAACUGAAAGUCUCAACCGAUGGUGUAAGCAUCGAAAUUAUCUCACCGAAAGUCCAAGGUGUGAGUAGUUGGAGUUAUCCGAUCGAUACGAUAUCAUAUGGCGUACAAGAUCUAGUCUAUACCAGAGUAUUUGCUAUGAUUGUGGUAAAGGAUGAGUCACAUGUCCAUCCGUAUGAGGUGCAUGCCUUCGUCUGUGAUAGCAGAGCAAUGGCACGUAAAUUAACAUAUGCUCUGGCUGCUGCCUUCCAAGAUUAUUCUCGGCGUGUUAAGGAGAACACUGUGGAGGAUAGUGAUAAAAUAACACCGGCGAGACAAAAGUUUGCCAUCGAUUUAAGAUCACCUGAAGAAUUGGCAGAGGGCAUUGAAGAUGAAACUGAAGCGUAA